AUGUCUGGACGCACAGCUAGUGUGAAGAACGUGUCAAAGAAACAGAACAGCUCGGCCGUGAACGCGUACCUUAUUGUGUACAACCUCGUGUCGUUCAUGUUCUGGCUUCGUGUGCUGUGUGGCAUCGUGUUGUACAUGGUGCGUGGCGAUGACGCCCGCACCGUGACGUACCAGUGGAUGUCCGAUUUAUGCAGCAAGUUUUUCCAUACCAAGGUUACAUCGUCGAUCCCAAGCUAUGCUGGAUACCCCUCCAUGUUCCGGGAAGUGCUGUACCGUGCCUCGACCAUGUACGACUACUUGGGCCCCCUCCUUACCGUGACGCAGUCUCUGGCUCUCCUUGAGGUCGUGCACGCCCUCCUGGGCUGGGUGAAGUCGAGUGCGCUUGUGACCAUGAUCCAGGUGGCCUCGCGCAUCAUCAUUGCAUGGUUCGUCGUGGAGAAGUACGAUGCUGCGGCGCACUCGCCAUUCUACACGGUGAUGAUCCUUGCGUGGUCGCUGAGCGAGGUGGCUCGUUACCCCUUCUAUGUCAACCAGAUUCUGGAGACCCCUUCGUACAUGUCGAUGUGGGCCCGAUACUCGUUCUUCGUGGUUCUCUACCCGAUGGGUGUGCUCGGUGAGAUGCAGCUCAUCUGGGCCUCGCUGCCGAAGAAUGUCGCGUGGCCCUGGGUCGACGCGUCGAACUGGUCGAACCGUGACCUGUUCUUCCUUGCCCUGCUUCCGGUGUACAUUCCGGGUCUGUUCAUGCUGUACACGCGCCUCCUUGCCUCCCGUCGUAAAGUGCUUGGCAACGACUUUGCCGGUACCAAGGCUCGUGAGAUGCUCAAGAAGCUGCACCACGACAAGUUCGAGCACAUCCGCCGCCUGCAUGAGAAGCAGAACACCGAGGAAGAUCUUUCGUACAAGGCUGAACUCAACAAGGCCAAGGCCAACUAA